CAGAGCAGGGAGACACCACUACCUUUGGCCGGUUUACGAUCAUUAAAAUGCACCUGCUUCGAGAACAGCGAGGUGUUAUGUGGAUCGAGGGGUUUCCUCAACCUCAGAUCCCAGAGGCGGUCCAGCCGGAGGCUCUCGAGGGUGCGGCUGAUGAGGAGGUCCAGCCUGAGGACGUGGAUGAUACUGCUGCCGCCCGCCCCACCACCUUCGAGUACAGGAGUGGCAGUUCCAGCUUCCCCGGCCAGGACUACUUCUCUCAGCAGUUCGAGCAGCUGCGUCUCCAGAAUCAGCAGCUCUACGACUGUCAGAUGCAGUUUCAGCAGCAUUAUUCGGCUCACCAUGCCGAGUACCAGACCAGGAUGGCGGCGUAUGAUGAGCGCCUUGAUAGGAUGGAGACCCAGCAGGGGGUGACCCUGGCGCGCAUCGAGAGGGAGCAGGCCCGAGCUAGGCGCAUGCAGGAGGUACAGGGGCAUCUGCUCCAGCUGCUACCGGGCGAGCAGCCAGUCUGGAGGACUCCUUGGGAGGACUCUCCACUUCCACCCCCACCAGCUGAUGACGAUGAUGCAUUCAUGAAUGACAUUGAUCUGGACAACCUUGGCGACGAGUAGGCUGCACUUGUCGCCCCUCAGUGUGUGUUUUUGUUUUAUACUUUUUCUGUUUGCUCCAUGUGUUUGAGGAGCUUGAACUGAGUUUGUCGUGUGUUUUGUUUCUUUUCUUUUGUGGAUUGUUUCUUUUGUGGCCGUCUGGGCCAACUUUUAUCCCUAACGAACAUUUGCUAGUGUGUUCUUGAUGUUCCCUUAGUGCAGAACUGUCCGUUCGUUCCAUAUGUUCCCGCUGACUGGUCCGCUUCCAGUCUCCCGCAGCAUUUCAAUCCAGUAACGUCGUUCCCCUUAUCUAUCCCUCUGCUCCAUUGAGGACAAUGUCGUGCUUAAGUGUGGGGGGGUGCUUUGUAUCGGUUGGAAUGUAUAUACGUGUGCUUGGAGCCUAGUCCACUGUCCAAAUCUCGAGAUUUGAGGGCUCCAAGUACGGAUGUUUGAUCAUAUUGGCACUGUGUUUUGAUUGGUGAAUUGAAUGGUUUUCGGAUUAAUGCAUGACAACUGGAUGGUGAUUAGGACAACCUAUAAUGAUGACUAAGAAGUGCAGUAGAGUUGUGUAGGGUUCAGUUUUUCAACUGUUUGCUUACCAACUGUAACUUGGAUUGAUUACUUGUUUUUGACAGUCUCUUAUGCAUCUAGUUCAGGGAAUCAGAAUGAGAGAUAGAGCAUAUAGGUAGCCAUGUGAGAUUUGAGCCUGCUCGUUUCUUUCUUGUGUGAUAGUUCCCUCUUCCAUGAUGUGUAGCAUUCACGUUGUCAUUAGCUAAGCUGAUGGAGGCAUAGGAUUAGCCACGACCAAAUUGACUAUCCUGGUGUGUCAUACCCCCUAGUCAGCCCCUUUGAGCCGUGUGUAGUCUUUCUUUCGGUCUUCAAUGAAAAGUCACCCUUUUGCAUCUUUUAGAAGGUUCCACAGAGUAAUUUUUACAUGUUCUCUGCUGUUUCUGCUAAAUGUAAUGUGAGAGUUGGAGGUAGUUCUUAAAAGGUUGGGUAGGAGUUUGAAAAUGUGCAGAGGUGGUGGUUCUCUUGAGAAAUGAAAAAAAUGAAAGAAAAACAAAGAAAAAUGAAAGCAAAAGUGAGCCACCACCAAAAAUCUGAAUGGUGCCCAUUAAGUAGUGUUUCUUAGCAGUCUGGCUUAGAAAUACUGGUAUUUAUGUGACCUCCUUCGCUCUUGUGCUUUGAAUUUGAGUAAUGCAGAAUAGCAGAAAGAAAGUACUAGUUUGAUU